AUGGGGAAGAAGAGGGUGGUGGCCGCGACGAAGGCGACGGCGACGCCCAUCUUCCCGUUCACGGCGGCCGCGGACCAGACGGAGCCGCCGCACCACUUCAGCGACUACGGCUUCGACCCGCAGCUCCUCUGCUUCCCCCAGCCGGUGAUUGCUGAACCGUACCGUGUGCUGCAUUCUCAGCCCGAGACGAAGCGGUUCAAGCUCCACAAGCCCAUUUCCAAGAAACACCAACGCACGCAGACGCAGCACGGCCACAAGCAGCGCCGGCGGUGGUGGAGCUCUGCCGCCGCCGCGGCGCUCCACUUCUUCUUCAAGCGCCCCUCCUCCUCCAGCCCCGCCGCUCGGGCUGCCGGCGCAGCCUCGUCGUCCUCCUGCAGUACUGCUGCAGCUUCAUUCGCGCCGCCCGGGGCGCUGUACUUCGCCGAUGACGGAGGCGACGAAGCCACGGGGUGCGCGUGCUGGUCGCCGGCCCUGCGGUCCGGUCGCCUGGCCGCCGCCGAGCUCGGCGUCGCCUCGGUCGCAGUUCCCUAUGCCAGCCUCAGGGACGUCGAUUUCGGCGGUGGCGUCCGAGGAGCAGGAUGGGCCGCUCCGUCGAUGCCCAUCUACCUCGUGACGUGA